AUUGAUUGUCAUGGACGUGAGCUGACUGACUGUUGUGCUUUUUUGCGUAUGCAACGCUAAAACCACAAGUAUGCAACUAGAAAAAACAGAAGAUAUUGUGUAAAUUAAGUUAGCUUUGCCAUAAUAACGAUUGUUCCUUUUGAAAGUUUUCGAAACAGGAUUGCAAAUGUCAAUAUGUCAGGAUCUCGGCCUUAAUUUCCAACAGAGAAUGGGCGCAAACAUAUCACAGCUAGAGAGAGAUAUUGGGUCCGAGCAGUUUCCGCCGAACGAACAUUACUUUGGUUUAGUUAAUUUUGGUAAUACAUGUUAUAGUAAUUCAGUACUACAAGCAUUAUACUUCUGUCGACCGUUUAGAGAGAAAGUUCUGGAAUACAAAGCAAAGAACAAGAGAACCAAGGAAACGUUACUAACAUGCCUCGCAGACUUAUUUUAUAGUAUAGCUACACAGAAAAAGAAAGUAGGAUCAAUUGCACCUAAGAAAUUUAUUGCUAGACUGAGGAAGGAAAAAGAGGAAUUUGAUAAUUAUAUGCAACAAGACGCUCACGAAUUUCUCAAUUUUCUCAUCAAUCACAUUAAUGAAAUUAUAUUAGCUGAAAGAAAUCAGAGCACGCUUAAACUACAAAAGACGGAUGGCAACAAGGACGGUAUUACGUGUAACGGUACAGUACCACAGAAUACGGAGCCGACGUGGGUCCACGAAAUAUUUCAAGGGACAUUGACGAGCGAGACCAGGUGUUUGAAUUGUGAAACUGUCAGUAGUAAGGACGAGCACUUUUUUGAUUUGCAGGUAGACGUUGACCAGAACACAAGUAUCACACACUGUUUAAAGUGCUUCAGUGACACGGAGACUCUAUGCAAUGAUAACAAGUUUAAAUGCGACAAUUGUAGCAGCUACCAAGAGGCACAGAAACGUAUGAGAGUUAAGAAAUUACCGCUAAUACUGGCACUUCACCUCAAGAGAUUCAAAUAUAUGGAACAGUACAAUCGUCACAUCAAAGUGUCACAUCGUGUGGUCUUUCCAUUGGAGCUGAGAUUGUUUAACACGUCGGACGACGCGGUAAACCCAGACCGGUUAUACGACCUAGUAGCAGUGGUCGUACACUGUGGCUCUGGACCCAACCGUGGACACUACAUCAGUAUCGUGAAGAGUCACGGCUUCUGGCUGCUUUUUGACGACGAUAUGGUGGAUAAAAUCGACGCGUCAGCUAUAGAAGACUUCUAUGGCCUAACUUCUGAUAUACAAAAGUCAUCUGAAACAGGAUAUAUACUUUUUUAUCAAUCUAGAGAUGCUAGUUGUUAAGUUUCACUAAAUAUAGUAAUUUAUAUAUUUAAGAUAGACUCCAUAAAUGAUGUUAAUAUGCCACAUUGUUAAAGUUGGAAUGGCAUAUGUUAUUGAGAUUUAAUUUCGAUCGCAGAAAAUUAUUAUUCAAAUUAUUAGAAUUUCAUUCAUUUGUAAAUAUAAUUCAUUUCAAAAUAAAAAGUUGUGAUCUU